AGAUUAGAUUUCUGUGCGCCACCUGCAAGAUCUAAUCUUAUCUUAGAUCUAGAUGCAUGCUCAUAUGACCGAAACGAACCCGAGUGAUGGGAUAUGCACGACAAAUUUCGCCAUAUUCGUUCCCUUGCAGAUCUUCUACUUCCGCGGUACUAAGAUGGUAAAUAAGAGUAUGAAAUGUGCUGUGAAGCAUUUUCUACCCUCUCUACGCCCUCCAUGACUUGCAGUGAUACCAAUCAAUCAAUACAAGGUUACUCAUCAAAGAAAUAUUUCAUAAGACAUGGCUACCAUCAAGUCUGUAGCAAUCAUCGGCGCCGGACCUGCCGGCGCAAUUGCGCUUGAUGCUCUGGCGCAGGAGCAAGCAUUUGAUAAAAUUCGACUCUUUGAGAGAAGGGAGAGAGCUGGAGGAUGUUGGUUAGUACGUUAUUUCUGAACAGACAGGACAAUCACUCAUUUCCCCCUCCAGGCUCGGAGAUCCCAAGGAUCACGUUCAACAAUUACCAGACUUUGAGAAGAUUGCUUCACGCAAGGCAGAUGAGCCUCUCCCAAUUCCAUCCGAACUUCCCGCCAUUCUUCCGCAUAAUACUCAAUAUCGAUUUUCCGAUACCUCGAUAUAUCCUACAUUGGAAACGAAUAUUGAUGCAUUCGCCAUGUCAUUUUCUCAAGAACCAUUUCCGGAAACAAGAUCUGCGGUCAAUAUUAAAAGACAUGGUAAUGAUUCACCAUUUCGCCACUGGAAGGUUGUGGAGAAAUAUAUUCAAGAUUUGGUGGAUAGGAAAGGAUAUCCGGAUCUGAUAUCGUAUGACACCACUGUGGAGCUUGUGCAUAAAGACCCACAUACAUCGAAAUGGGUUUUGACUUUGCGCAAACCCCUUGAAAAUGGAAUUGAGGAUAGAUGGUGGACAGAGUCUUUCGAUGCAGUGGUAGUAGCAGCGGGACACUAUAACGUUCCGUUCAUACCUUCAACCCCGGGUCUUUCUACCUUUUCUCAAAGCUUUCCUGGUAGGGUUCUUCAUUCAAAAGCUUGGCGUGACCCAGAACCAUAUCAAGGAAAGCGUGUGGUAGUUGUUGGUGCCAGUAUUUCCGGACCUGACAUAUCUUAUGCUCUCGUUGAUUAUGUUGAGCGACCUCUUCAUGCUGUUGUUCGGGGCAGAUACCAUCCUUACUUUUUCGACUAUGCUUUCCAACAUCCCAAUAUCCUUCGACGUCCGCCUAUAUCUCACAUAACCUCAGAUCCUGGCACAGAUGAAAGAACAGUUCAUUUUGAAGAUGGAACUAAACUAGAAAAAGUAGACUAUAUUAUAUUCGGAACUGGAUAUUCCUGGACUCUUCCUUUCAUUCCUAACCUCGAUUCUGUGAUCCGUAAUAACCGUCUUCCGAACCUUUAUCAACAUAUUUUCUGGCGCGAAGAUCCUACCUUAACUUUCGUCGGUGCUGUGGGUGCAGGAUUCACAUUCAAGGUUUUUGAAUGGCAGGCUGUACUAGCAGCACGAUUUUUAGCUGGACGCAUCACCCUUCCUUCUACUGAAGAGCAAAAGAAAUGGGAAGACGAUAGAAUAGCACUGAAAGGAGACGGAGUACAAUUCACGGCUCUAUACCCGGAUUUCGAGGAGUAUUUUGAGACCAUAAGGGAGAUGGCCGGCGAACCAAAAGACGGUAAAGGUAGAAGUUUACCGAAAUUUCAGAAGUGGUGGAGAGAAGGAUUUGAUACGGGACACCUGAAACGAAUAGAUAUGUGGAAAAGGGGAAACGAAGAAGCUAAACGCAGAAUCGAGAGAGAGAAGCAGCCAAAUGUGGUGUCGCCAGUAUUACGGGUGAGCAAUUUGUAAAUUUUUGUAUUAUUUAUCUAAAUAUACAGAGGAUUAUGGUUUAG